GUGUAUUCUUGAAGUUUGCCCCUUUGAGAGCGCGAGAGACCAUGACGUAGCAGUGAAGAGAGGGAUCAUAUGAUUUCAGAUUCAUAUAAUUCCUGGCUGGGUUAGUGAACAAUCCUAUCGAUAUCAGGAGGAGGGUAAUAGUUCAAAGUUUCAAACUUGGAGGAUUCUUCAUCAGAAUCCCAAAAAAAAAGUUUAGGGCUUUCAUAGGUUUCCCACCAACUUGCAUAAAUUCCAGAUCUUCCCAGCUUAGCAAGCCCCUCGGGAAAAUCGAACAAACUCAGGAAAUUCAUAAACAAAUGACCAUACCGUGGAAUCCGCGGAAGACCAAGAGGAGGGAGGGCCACUUGUCAAAUAUUCUCUGUUGGUUCUUUUCCAAGUAUUAAUGGUCUGAGAAUACUAUGCCACCGUACAUAAUGUUCUGUUUCAUUGUUCUUUUGCAAAUGGUAGACAAGAAUCUUGACACUUGAGAGAUUUCAGACACGAUGGUUUCCUCCGAUCAACUUGUGUUCCUGAUUCUGUCCACCGUGGCUUUCCUUUUAGUUGCAGAGAGUUGCAGAACAAUAAUGUCAGACGAGGAGAAACAAGAGCUGGUGAAGCAACUCAAAUGUGUCAACAAACCUGCAAUCAAGAGUUUCCAGACUGACCAUGGUGAUAUACUGGACUGUAUCCUCCUUCACAACCAACUAGCCUUUGAUCAUCCUCUGCUCAAGAAUCGUUCCGUUCAGAUGAGGCCUGCAACUAUACCUGAAUGGAUCACAGACAACAACAACACUUCACAGAAAAGCGGUUUCUUGAAGUUUCUGCAAGGUGGUAUAAGUUGUCCAAAUGGGACAGUGAUUGUUAAAAGGACUACAAUGCAAGAUCUUAUACAUGCGAAAUGUCUGAAAUCCAUGGGACUAAACUACCCGAGAUACGUUCCUUCAAAGGGCAAGAACAUUGAUGUAGCCGGUCAUCAUUUUGCGGUGACUGAAUACAGAUAUCUCAACUACGGAGCAAAGGGAAACCUUAACAUAUGGGAUCCGGAAGUGUUGGCUGAUCAAUUUAGUCUUUCAUGUUUGUCCAUUGCCGGUGGCCCUAAAGCACAACUCAACAGCAUUUCAGCUGGAUGGAUAGUGAACCCGUGGCUGUAUCUGGGUCACAGUCGCUUGUACACCUACUGGACUGCUGAUGGAUUCAAAAAGACUGGCUGCUUCAGUACACAGUGUCCUGGAUUUGUGCAAGUCAGCUCCAAGAUUCCACUUGGCAUCCUUAUAAAGCCGGUUUCCAGUUACGGCGGUCGACAAUUUGAGAUAGACAUCAGCAUGCAUCAGGAUCGUGCCACGGGAGACUGGUGGCUCGUGCUGAACGACGAGUACAUUGGCUACUGGCCAAAGUCAUUGUUCACAGCCUCAGGCUUAGCUGAAGGAGCAUCUUUCGUAUCAUGGGGAGGAGAAGUGUACAGUCCAGUGACAGAGAAGAGCCCGAGCAUGGGCAGUGGCCAUUUCCCGGACGAGGGUUUCAGAAAGGCGGCGUAUGUGAAUGGUCUCAAAGUGAUUGCUUCCACAGGACAAGCUAUAACUCCUACAUCUUAUUCCCUUAAGACAUUCAGCGACAGUCCAAAGUGUUACAGAGCAGAAUACAAGCCAGCUUAUGGUGAGUGGUCAAGUGGUAUCUUCUAUGGAGGUCCUGGAGGAUGCACAUUCUAGGAAAAAUGUCUUAACAUCUUUAUGAAUCAAACCCUUUUCUCUAAAUAAAAUGGUGUUCUGAUUUGAAUCGAUCUUUCUUGAAUCGUUCGGAGCAGAAAUAUAUCCAAAAAUCUUGUUCUGGGUAAAUUCCAAUGUAUGAUUGUGGUUAAUAUUGGAAUAAAGCUGAUGUUGACAUC